AUGGCUUUAACCAGUUUAAAGUUCUACAGCUUACUAACAAAAUUUACGGCUCUCAAUGGACUUAACAAUUACUAUUUCAACUCAAAUAAAAAUCGGUUUCGGACCAAUUGGAAACUUAAAAUGUACUGCCUUAUCCACCAUGCACUAUGUGUUUUGGCCGUGGGUCGAAUGCUAUAUAAUUCCGUUGGUGAUUUGAGAGUUAGUGUGACCGUUCUCACGAUGGGAGCAACUUCCGCCUUUUGUAUGCAAUCCUGUUGGCAAAAAAGUCAAGGUGUUCGCAAGUUGGCCAGUGGCCUAAUCAAAAUGGAGCAGAAAUACUUUGCUGGAAAGCCAAGUGGAUCUUUAUUAACACGCAAAUUUACAUUUAAACUAGUGUUCGCUUGGAUUACCCUGAUCAGGAUUCAUCUUUUCUAUCCCCUCUACCUUAAAAGAAUUCUACCCAACUAUUUUUAUCUGAAUGUGGGAUCUUAUUGGCUGGUUUACAACAUGCUACUUGGCGAAGUACUUGCUUUUUACUGCUUUGUGUGGCAGGUUUGUCGCAUCCAUAAGCUGAUAAAUGAUGAUAUGACUUUGCUUUUGACUACAUCGAGGCAAACAUAUCGUCUCAAGAAAAUGAGACACUGCCUUAAACUAUACGCAAAGUUAUUAAAACUAUGUAGCCAAGUAAACUUUGAGUUUGGACACCUUUCGGUCGCCGUUUUGGCCUGCAAAAGUUGGUUUCAGAUCACAUUUGGCUACGAGAUAUUCCAGAUGAUUGCUGCCCCGGAUUCUAUUGAUUUAAAUCUAUCCAUGAAAGCGUUCGUGGUUACGAGCUAUAUUUUAGAUGCCAUUAAUCUGCUUUAUGCCACAGACAUUGCUGAAGUUUUUGGAGCCCAAAGAGCAGACUCACAGCGAAUUCUUCGAGAGACAAAUCGGAUGGACAGGCUACUCUCCAUGUUCACCUUAAAUUUGGCCCUGCAUCCCAAGCGUGUCGUCUUUCUCAACGUUUUCAACUUUGACCGAAAGCUGACUCUAGCACUCUUUGCCAAGUCGACGUUGUUCACAAUUUGUUGGCUGCAAGGCGACUACAACAAAAUCAAGCCAUAGACAGUCGAAACUGCAUUCAAACCAAAUCCCCUGAUUCUAUGAGUGUAUUAUCCCAUGCACAAGAGUUUGUCUGACCUGCGAGCACAAAGCAGAAACCAAGGCACAUGCACAACUGGAACCAAUACAAACAUUUACAUAUAUGUACUCAGUAAAUAUAUAAUGGGAAAAAUCAACUACAAUGCAUCCAAAUCCAGAGCCACAAAACCAAGGAGCUGUGUACAAUGAUGAUUGACUUGGCGAUGAUGACAAGGAAGGAUUGGUUGUCCUUGCACACUGGUUGGCAUAA